AUGGCCGAGAGCGGGGACGGCGGCGGAGGCGGUUCCCCGGAGCAGGCGGGCCCGUCGCCCUCGGCCCGCCCGCCGUCGCUGGCGCCGGUGCCCCGGCUGGAGAAGCCGCUGCGUCAGGCCUUCUACAGGACGGGGGCGCUGGUGCUGGCGGGGCUGUGCUGCGGGGCGGCGGUGCUGGUGUACCUCAUCCUGGAGGCCUUCCUGCGGCCGCUGCUGUGGGCCGGCCUGUGCGGCACCUUCCUGCACCCCUUCAAGAGCUCGCUGACGGCGCGCGGCCGCGGGUGGCUGCGCCGCCUCCGCCGCUCCGGCACGCCCGUCCUCCUGGCCGCCGCCCUCCUGCCCUACGCCCUCGCCGACGCCCGACCCGCCCGACACGCCCUCGACGCCGCCGCCCGCCUCCUCGCCGCCGGCCUCGACCUCUGCGGAGGCCUCUGGAUAUGGACCCUGAUUGCGGGCUACCUGUUGGCCGUAUUGUUCAAGUGGAAUCCAAGCACCGAACGCUACUUGAGAACAGUCUCUGUUCCUAUCUGGAUUGUAUUGCUUUUCCAUUUGGCUUCUGCAGCAGGGUCUUGGAGGAUUCCAGUGUUUCUGGUCAUCGUUGUCUUGAUGACUGUAGGCAUGGUUCAUGAACAGCUGUGUGGGAAAGGCCCUUCAGGGUCGGAAUUUCCUGGCCAGAUGCUUUCCAUUGCCGCGUCCACGAUUGCCAUGGCGAUGUCGGUUACAGGCUACGACUCCAGUAAUGACGAGCAUCCAUUGCAGCCCUCAGGAACCCCAGACAGUGGCAAUCCGGCUUCGUCGGCUUCUUCCCCGUCUCCCUCGACUGCGAGCGGCAGGCAGAGGCCCGAGAUUGGAGCUCUUCUUAAAAAGAAGAAGACGAGCGACAUCUAUUUCGUGCUGCUCAUGUGGGCCAUUGUGAUCGUCCAGAUCUGGUCAAAUCUCUGGAUAAUUCAGUUGCUGCCGAUUCCUGUCGCAGUGUGGAUUAUCAAAAACCUUGUGGUCCACUUUGGAGUAGUGAAAUUCCUUGGGAUUCACUGCAGCAGCUGGUGGCAUGUCCUCAAAGAGUUUGUGAGAGAACGCCAAGAGGCGCUUGCACCGCGGCCGAUCAAGGGGCUUGGGAGAGUCAUCCUCAAACUUGACAGUAAGAUGAUCGUGUGGCUGGAGAAAAUGCUAGAUAAAAUCAUUAGCAUUCUCAUUAUAUUUGUGCUUGUGGUAGGAACCCUCCUGCUUGCCCUGCUCCUCACCGCCAAGGUGCAUCAAGAAAGUGUGCAUAUGAUUGAAGUCACAAGCAGCUUGAUCAAUGAAACCGUAGCCAAUCACCCCGAAUGGGCCAACUGGCUUCCAGAAGCUCAGGUUAUCCAGAAGGCUCUGAAUUCAGCUGCCAAUAACGUCUAUCAAUACGGUCGAGAAUGGAUAACGCACAAGCUCCAUAAAAUACUAGGAGAAAAAGUGAACAACACAGCUCUGAUUGAGAAGCAAGUUUUGGUGCUUUGGGACAGAUUGUACCACUCUUGGUUUGUGAAAAACACGACACAUUCAGGAAGACACAAAGGCCACAAGCCACAUGUAGGCCGUCAGAACAGCUGGCCAGUAGAGAUGCUGGAUUGGCAAGAUGUCGCCUCUUUUGUUCAUGAGAACAUUGAGACGUUUCUUUCGAUCCUGGAAUCCCUGUGGAUAGUGAUGAGUCACAACGUGGGCCUCCUUUUUACCACCGUUACAACUUUAGUAACUGUCCUCUUCUACAGCGGCACUGCCCUUCUCAAUUUUGUGCUUUCGCUGGUUAUUUUCCUGACCACUCUGUUCUACCUCUUGAGUUCCAGUGAUGAAUACUACAAGCCGGUGAAGUGGGUGAUCAACUUGACUCCCUUGUCGCAGCCGGGCCCUUCCUCCAAUAUCAUGGGGCAGUCGGUGGAGGAGGCUAUCAGAGGUGUAUUUGAUGCGUCUCUCAAAAUGGCUGGGUUCUAUGGACUGUACACCUGGCUGACUCAUACCAUCUUUGGAAUUAACAUUGUUUUCAUACCCUCUGCUCUGGCAGCAAUACUUGGCGUUGUCCCCUUUCUGGGAACGUACUGGGCAGCCGUACCUGCAGUCCUCGACCUCUGGCUUGCACAAGGAGAAGGAUGUAAAGCUCUGCUCCUCUUGGUGUGCCAUCUGUUGCCAACAUAUUUUGUAGACACAGCAAUUUAUUCAGAUAUAUCCGGCGGUGGGCAUCCGUACUUGACUGGGCUGGCCGUAGCAGGCGGAGCGUAUUACCUGGGGCUGGAAGGAGCCAUCAUUGGACCCAUUCUCCUCUGCAUUCUUGUGGUUGCCUCUAACAUCUACAGCGCUAUGCUCGUAAGCCCGACCACCCCGUCACAAAUGUCUUGGCCCUUGCAAAUAUACAGGCAACCAAGAGAGUCUCCUGAAGAACUGAAAGUCACCACAGAGUGACGGGCGCAGCGUUUCCUUCCGUUCCUGUUUCCUCCGUGCACACUGAGCUCCAGAGAGCCGUGGCCGUGGGUCCCGUCUCCAGCUGUGCCUCACGACAGCAUUGAAGCCACAUUCACUUACAAGCAUAUCAACGGAAACAAUAACGUUGCCUUUGGUCGCUCUGCACUUUGCCUUUGCCAAGCGGACGUGUGUCUGCUAUCCAUAGUUUGCUUAUUAUGCAAGCCGACCUAGGAUGGGGGGCAGUACGUUGGCUUGCCGAACUUGCAUUUUU